AGGCUGGGGCGGCGGCGGCGGCGGAGGCCGAGGUGGGGCCGGGCCGGGUCGGGCGUCGGGGCCACACGUCCGCCCGCGGGUCACUGGGGCUGCGCGCGCCAUGGAGCCGCGGUGCUCGCCGCCGUGCGGCUGCUGCGAGCGGCUGGUCCUCAACGUGGCGGGGCUGCGGUUCGAGACGCGGGCGCGCACGCUGGGCCGCUUCCCGGACACGCUGCUCGGGGACCCGGCGCGCCGCAGCCGCUUCUACGACGGCGCUCGCCGCGAAUACUUCUUCGACCGGCACCGGCCCAGCUUCGACGCGGUGCUCUACUACUACCAGUCGGGCGGGCGGCUGCGGCGGCCGGCGCACGUGCCGCUCGACGUCUUCCUGGAGGAGGUGGCCUUCUACGGGCUGGGCGCGUCGGCGCUGGCGCGCCUGCGCGAGGACGAGGGCUGCCCGCUGCCGCCCGAGCGGCCCCUGCCCCGCCGCGCCUUCGCGCGCCAGCUCUGGCUGCUCUUCGAGUUCCCCGAGAGCUCGCAGGCCGCGCGCGUGCUCGCCGUCGUCUCCGUGCUGGUCAUUCUCGUCUCCAUCGUCGUCUUCUGUCUCGAGACGCUGCCCGAUUUCCGCGACGAACGCGACAGGCCGGGGCUUGCAGCGGUGGCUGCGGCGGGAUCGUUCCCCUCUCGGCUGAACGGCUCCAGCCCCAUGCCCGGACCCCCACCCCGCACACCCUUCGACGACCCGUUUUUCGUGGUGGAGACAUUGUGCAUCUGCUGGUUCUCCUUCGAGCUGCUGGUGCGCCUGCUGGCCUGCCCGAGCAAGACGGUCUUUUUCAAGAACGUGAUGAACCUCAUUGAUUUCGUGGCCAUCCUGCCCUACUUUGUGGCGCUGGGCACCGAGCUGGCCCAGCAGCGCGGAGUGGGCCAGCCGGCCAUGUCCUUAGCCAUCCUGCGGGUCAUCCGACUGGUGCGCGUCUUCCGCAUCUUCAAGUUGUCUCGGCACUCGAAGGGCCUGCAGAUCCUGGGCCAGACGCUCCGGGCGUCCAUGCGCGAGCUGGGCCUCCUCAUCUUCUUCCUCUUCAUCGGCGUGGUCCUCUUCUCCAGCGCGGUCUACUUUGCCGAGGUCGACCGGGAAGACUCCUAUUUCACCAGCAUCCCUGAGUCCUUCUGGUGGGCAGUGGUCACCAUGACAACAGUCGGCUAUGGAGACAUGGCCCCCGUCACGGUGGGCGGCAAGAUCGUGGGCUCCCUGUGCGCCAUCGCGGGCGUGCUGACCAUCUCCCUGCCUGUGCCGGUCAUCGUCUCCAACUUCAGCUACUUUUACCACCGGGAGACAGAGGGCGAAGAGGCCGGAAUGUACAGCCAUGUGGACACGCAGCCCUGUGGCCCCCUGGAGGGCAAGGUCAACGGGGGAUUGGUGGAUGGAGAGGUGCCUGAGCUGUCACCCCCACUCUGGCCCCCCCCUGGGAAACACAUGGUCACCGAAGUGUGAGGGACAGUUGAAGCCUACGGGACCUCACAUUUCCUCAGAGGGAGGGAGGGGAGGGGGGAGGGGCAGUCAUGGGGCGGGGUUGGGACUAGGAAGAACUAGGUUAAACGGUAAUGCGUUGAAGAACACUAUGCCUUAUGGGUUCUUGAGUUGCGGUUUGGUACUCCUGUAGGUACCUCCUCAGGCGGCCAUGAACGGGAGUGGGUUACGCUGAGCUGAGGGGGGCGCUGCAUUGGUUUGUACUGCGCUGGUUUCUGCCAGGCUGUGGAGCCUCUCGGGCUAGUGUUGAGAUAGAUUUGUGAGGCCACCGGGUUUUGUGAGUUUCUUUGUUCUGUGUUGGUUGGGUUGGGUUGGGUUGGGUUGUGGGUCUUGUCCAACCGCAUUGUGCAGGAUUCUGUGGGUUUAUGAGCCCCACCCCCCCAGGGCCAUGUUGGGUCAAGAUACGUGCCCACCCAUGGCAUUGUUGGGACUGGUUGCGCGUCCGUGCAUGGUGGUGUGGGGUUGAGACGUGUUGGAAAUGGUGUGGCUUUGUGAUUCUUCUGGGGCUAUGUUAUUUUCGGUUCUGUGAACUUGUGAGUCAUGUAGGAGAGUCAAGUGAUAGAAUGUGAGCUUUCUAGGUCAUGUUAGGUUAAGUCGGGUUGGAACGUACGACUGUAGGAGUCUCUCCGGGUUCUGUUGGGUUGACUCGUGUAGAGUUAUGUGGCUGGAAGUGUGCAGGGCUCCACGGAGUUGAGCCACACUGAGCUGUAUAAUCAGGUGGGUCUCGUAGGACCAGGUCGUGGGGCCAUGCUGAGCUGAGUUACAUUGACUGUGUCACUGUGAGUCGGGUGGGAGUGUUGGGUUGAGCCGGACUGUGUGUAUGAACUCCAUGGGGCCAUGUGGGUUUGUUUGGGAUUCAGUGGUAGCACCGGCACCCAAGGAUGCCAGCACUGAGGAGAAAUCACGCCUCAGGGAGCGAAUAUGGCGCUGUGGACUCUGGGAGACAACUGAACUGGACACUCCCUCCAUUCACCCCACUCCUGCUUCAUUUUGCCAUUGAAACCCCCUUACUAUCUGUCUUCGCCUACAGUUCUGCUUCCAGACAUGGACAUCAGAACCACAAGGGGAGGGAGGGAGGGGGGGUUCCUGUACUCUGUCCAUACAUGGUGGGGGGACAGGAACCCAAAGGAAGGGGGGACAGAGACCUGGGGAAGGAUAGAGGCUCAGAAAAGAGAAUCCCAGAGAAGAGGAGAUGAGGACACAAAGAGAGAGGAAUAGAGACUCAGAGACAAAGACCCUGAGGAAGGGGGAGGGACACAAUCCAAAGGAGAGGGAGACAGCGGCCAAGAAUGGGGGAUGGAGAGCCGCAGCGGGGUGCCAGGCGCCCAGAGAGAGAGGGACAGACACCCAGAGCUGGAAGCAGACCGGAGCACCCCAGAGACAGAGAACCAAAGAGGGAACAGGCAGUGCCCCUGAGCCUGACAGAGAUGGGAAUCCCCCAUCGGGGCGCACCACCCCAUCUUCCCGCAGCCCAGGAAGGCCAUCAGACAAAGCAGGAAGCAGGGAGAGGCCGGUCUCAGCGCGGGAGAGCUUCCCAAGGUCAGGCACCCGUCACUGUCCCUGGGGCCAGCCCGGUGGCAGGCGGCCUGGCCCCACGUGUCCUGUCAGCCUGCUGGGACGCACAGGCCCUCCUGAGCCCAAACAGCCGCACGAACAAGGAAACUGAGGCUCAGAGGGGAGGGUGUUGCCCAAGGUCAGGAGGCCGAACAUGUUUAGAGAUCUUUCCGUCUUAAAGGGCAUUUUGAGAUGGAGGAGGAGGAGGCGGAGGAGGAGGAGGAGGAGAAAGAGGAGGAGGAGGAGGAGGGUUAAAUCACUGACACAUAUAGGGCUUCCUAUGCACCAGGUGUCAUUCAAAGUACUUUACCCAUAUUAAUUUAUUAAAACCCAUCCAGUGGUUUUCAGAGUGUUGUUGUUGUCAUUGUUCUGUUUAGCUACAACACCCCCCCCCCUUUUUUUGCCAAAUGAAACCUUACUUAGAGGCAACAGGGUGAUGCAUCAGAAGGGAACUGGUUUGAGGGGAAGACACCUCUUUUUUUAAGAAAAUAAAUUUUUAUUGAUUUCAGAGAGGAAGGGAGAAGAGAGAGAUAGAAACAUCAAUGAUGAGAGAAUCAUUGAUCGGCUGCCUCCUGCACGCCCCCCACUGGGGAUCGAGCCGGCAGCCCAGGCAUGUGCCCUUGACCGGAAUUGAACCUGGGACCCUUUAGUCCGCAGACUGACGCUCAAUCCACUGAACCACACCAGCCAGGGCAAGGAACACACCUCUUAUGAAGUCCCUCUUGACAGCUCAGAAUGCAGCUGAGAAAUUCAGUUUGGACCCCCUGAUUUAACCCAACUACCUUUUUGUUGUUAAUCAUCACCCUGUUUUUCCACUGAUUUUUAUUUUUUUAUUUGUUUACCCCAUUGAGUUUUAGAGAGAGCGGAAAGAAGGGGGAGAGACAGAGAAAGAGAGAGAAACAUCGAUGUGAGAGAGACCCAUCAAUUGCUUGCCUCCCGUACAAGUCCCUACCAGGGCCAGGGAUCAAGCCUGCAACCCAGGUACGUGCUCUUGACCGGAAUCGAACCUGAGACCCUUCCGUCCACGGCCCGGGGCCAAGGCUCUAUCCACUGAGCCAAACCAGCUAGGGCGACCCACCUACCAUUUUAUACAGAGAGGUGGAAGAAGGUACAGAUUGUGGGGAGAGUCUGACAAAGGUCGGAAAUAAUAUAACCUUUAGGUUGUCACUUCUUUCUGAAAUGGCGAGAAAGGCACAUCUGGAGGCGGAAACGGAGACAGACCCCCUCAUGGUGGCAGACACAGGCAGAGUCUUGGAGGCAGGCACAGAGUCCAGCACAGAGACCCGGGAAAAGGAGACACAGGCAGAGAGGAACCGAGACCUGCAGAGGGGGCAGAGACGGAGGCAAAGAGUGACACCCACAGGGAGGAGCGGGAGCUGGGGAGGAAGGCAGUGGCCUGGGAGGG